GUCAAUGUAUCGUCCAAUUCAAUUCAGCUCGGGAGACUCAUCUGCUGAUCUGAGUCAAAAACCUAAAGAAUCAGAAUCAUCUACAGCAAAGAAGAAUUUAAACUCCAUUUUCAAGGAGCUUGAGCAGAAAAUCAUCUCUGUAAUGAAGACUGAGCUGGAAUGUUUUAGAAGACUGUUGAGUCCAGAUUACACAGAAUGCUCUGAAAGAGACCGUUAUGAUGAUGAGGGUCAUAGCAGAGUCAGAGAAGGGCUUCUGAAGAUCACACUGCACAUCCUGAGGAAGAUGAACCAGACAGACCUUGCUAACACACUACAGACCAAACUGAUGCCUGUGUAUCAACAAAAACUCAAAUCCAGACUACAGGAUAAAUAUCAGAGAAUCAAUGAAGGAAUGUCCAAUCAUGGAGACUCAACACGUCUGAAUGAGAUCUACACAGAGCUCUACAUCACAGAGGGAGGCAGUGGUGAGGUCAAUAAUGAACAUGAGGUGAGACAGAUUGAGACAGUGUCCAGGAGACCAGAGACACAGGAAACACCAAUCAACUACAAUGGCAUAUUUAAACCCUCACCUGGACAAGACAAACCCAUCAAAACUGUGCUGACUAAAGGAGUCGCUGGAAUUGGAAAAACAGUCUCUGUGCAGAAGUUCAUUCUGGACUGGACUGAAGGAAAAGCAAAUCAGGAUGUUCAUUUUAUAUUUCCACUUCCUUUCAGGGAGCUGAAUUUGAUACAGAAAAAUCUCAGUCUUUUGGAUCUUCUAAACCACCUUCACACAGAAACCAAAGAAAUUAAAUCAACAGAUUAUGAUGACUACAAAGUCAUGUUCAUAUUUGAUGGUCUGGAUGAGUGUCGGCUCCCUCUAGAUUUCCAAAACAAUCCAAGCUUGUCUGAUGUAACAGAAUCAGCCUCAGUGGAUGUGCUGCUGACCAACCUCAUCAAGGGGAAUCUACAUCCUUCUGCUCUCCUCUGGAUCACCUCUCGACCAGCAGCAGCCAAUCAGAUCCCUCCUGAGUGUGUCCACCAGGUCACAGAGGUACGAGGAUUCAACGACCCUCAGAAGGAGGAAUAUUUCAGGAAGAGAAUAAAUGAUCCAAGUCUGGCUGAUAGAAUUGUCACACACAUCCGAUCAUCAAGAAGUCUGUUCAUCAUGUGUCACAACCCAGUCUUCUGCUGGAUUUCAGCCACUGUUCUGGAGAGGAUGAUGGGUAAAGCAGAGAGUGCAGAGAUUCCCAAGACUCUCACACAAAUGUUCACACACUUCCUGAUCUUUCAGACCAAACUGAAGACACAGAAGUAUGAUGGGAAAUAUGAAAUAGAUCCUGAUCAGGUUAGAAAGACUAUUCUUUCUCUAGGAAAACUGGCUUUUGAACAGCUGGAAAAGGGGAACCUGAUCUUCUAUGAAGAGGACCUGAAAGAGUGUGGCAUUGACGUUAGAGAAGUGUCAGUGUACUCAGGAGUUUGUACCCAGAUCUUCAGAGAGGAGUCUGGAUUGCAGCUGGGGAAGGUGUACAGCUUUGUUCAUCUGAGUAUUCAGGAGUUUCUUGCUGCUUUAUUUAAGCUGCUGUCUUUUUCUGAACAUAACACAGGACUGUUGAAUAUGUUUGGGUCACCAAUGACCAGUUUACUGAAGGGAGAGGUGGACAAGGCCUUACAGAGGGAGAACGGACACUGGGACCUUUUCCUCCGGUUCCUUCUUGGUCUCUCACUAGAGUCUAAUCAGACUAUCUUACAAGGCCUCCUGAGAAAGACAAUAAGCAGCUCAGACAACAAUCCGGAAACAGCUGAAUACAUCAAACAGAAGAUCAGGGAGAAUCCCUCUCCAGAUAAAUCCAUCAAUCUGUUCCACUGUCUGAAUGAACUGAAUGAUCGCUCACUGGAGCAGGAAGUCCAAACAUACCUGAGCAGAACAGGUGCCCGUUGCCUCUCUGGAGUCAGACUAUCUCCUGCUCAGUGGUCCGCUCUGGUGUUUAUGCUGUUGAACUCAGAAGAAGAGCUGGAUGAGUUUAAACUGAAUAAAUAUGAUUCAUCAGAAGAAUGUCUCCUGAGGCUGCUGCCAGUAAUCAAAUCAUCUAGAAAGGCUGACCUUUCCAACUGUCAUAUUACACAGGAAGGCUGUGCUGCUCUGAGUUCAGCUCUGAGAUCAAACCCCUCACACUUGACAGAACUAAAUCUGAGUGAUAAUAAUCCAGGAGAUUCAGGAGUGAAGCUGCUCUCUGCUCUACUGGAGGAUCCACACUGUAAACUGAAGAAACUACAGCUGUGGGGCUGCAGUAUUGGAGAAGAAGGCUGUGUUGCUCUGAUUUCAGCUCUGAAAUCAAACCCUUCACACCUGACAGAACUGAAUCUGAACUUUAAUAAACCAGGAGACUCAGGAGUGAAGCUGCUCUCUGCUGUACUGGAGGAUCCACACUAUAAACUGGAGAAACUACAGCUGAGUUCCUGCAGUUUUAGAGAGGAAGGAUGUGCUGUUCUGAUUUCAGCUCUGAGAUCAAACCCCUCACACCUGAGAGAACUGAAUCUGAACUGUAAUAAACCAGGAGAUUCAGGAGUGAAGCUGCUCUCUGCUCUACUGGAGGAUCCACACUGUAAACUGCAGAAGCUACAGUUGUGGGACUGCAGCAUUGGAGAGGAAGGCUGUGCUGCUCUGAUUUCAGCUCUGAGAUCAAACCCCUCACACCUGACAGAACUGAAUCUGAACUGUAAUAAUCCAGGAGAUUCAGGAGUGAAGAUGCUCUCUGCUCUACUGGAGGAUCCACACUGUAAGCUGCAGAAACUACUGCUGUGGAGCUGCAGUAUUGGAGAGAAAGGCUGUGCUGCUUUGAUUUUAGCUCUGAGAUCAAACCCCUCACACCUGACAGAACUGAAUCUGAACUGUAAUAAUCCAGGAGAUUCAGGAGUGAAGCUGCUCUCUGCUCUACUGGAGGAUCCACACUGUAAACUGAAGAAACUACAGCUGUGGAGCUGCAGUAUUGGAGAGAAAGGCUGUGCUGCUUUGAUUUUAGCUCUGAGAUCAAACCCCUCACACCUGACAGAACUGAAUCUGAACUGUAAUAAUCCAGGAGAUUCAGGAGUGAAGCUGCUCUCUGCUCUACUGGAGGAUCCACACUGUAAACUGAAGAAACUACAGCUGUGGGACUGCAGUAUUGGAGAGGAAGGCUGUGCUGCUCUGAUUUCAGCUCUGAGAUCAAACCCCUCACACCUGACAGAACUGAAUCUAAGUCGUAAUAAACCAGGAGACUCAGGAGUGAAGCUGCUCUCUGCUCUACUGGAGGAUCCACACUGUAAACUGCAGAAACUACAGCUGUGGGACUGUACUAUUGGAGAGGAAGGCUGUGCUGCUCUGAUUUCAGCUCUGAGAUCAAACCCCUCACACCUGACAGAACUGAAUCUGAACUAUAAUAAACCAGGAGAUUCAGGAGUGAAGCUGCUCUCUGCUCUACUGGAGGAUCCACACUGUAAACUGAAGAAACUACAGCUGUGGCGCUGCAGUAUUGGAGAGGAAGGCUGUGCUGCUCUAAUUUCAGCUCUGAGAUCAAACCCCUCACACCUGACAGAACUGAAUCUGAGCUAUAAUAAACUAGGAGAUUUAGGAGUGAAGCUGCUCUCUGCUCUACUGGAGGAUCCACACUGUAAACCGGAGAAACUAUAUAUUUGACAGUGGAAACUCCACAAGCUCCAAACAAGUGAAUCAAAACAACACGUCCUGAACAAGACUGUCACCUGGACAAAUGCUAAUACUGAUCCAGCAGUUUAAAAGAACAGAACAGUAUUAACAUAUUCUAGUUUUAUUCCAAACACUAGGUACUUGGAGUAUACAGAAUGAGUAUAAUAGUUAAUUUUUUAAAAUGUUAAUACUGUAGACUGAGCCAUUAAUAUAGUCCCUCCAAGUGAAAUGCCAGCUGUUUGUCCAUCAUCAUUCAUUCAUUAAAACAUAAAUCAAAACAAAAAGUCAAAUACUAUAAUAAUCCUCAGUGAGAGAAACACCAGUAUGUAAAUGAGUAAUUUUCAAAACUGGAAAAUAGAGUGAGAUACCUACAUACUGUAGUUUCUAAACUAGACACAAUAUACAUGACAACAAUCAGAAAUUCAAGUUCAAACUUGAUAAAACUCCAGGAAUGCAGGGAAUAACACCUGCAGGAGAAUAUUUAUUUUUAUUCCAAUUUAUUUUCCCUUGUCUUCCUUUUGAUUGUAUUAUUAAACAUAUGUAUUGUUUUAAUUUCAUUUUGUAUUAUUGUUGUUUAAUGUUUAGCACAUUUCCAUGUUCUGAAGCUGUAAAUGUUUUGGUAAAUCAUUUGUAUGUUGUUUUUCAUGCCAAUAAAACAACUGAACAACAACUGUGUUUGUAUGAGCGACAGCGCUC